AUGUCACGUCGUCGAGAGAGUAAUUUGACGCUGAACGACGAUGAAAAGGACGUAACUUUGGAAAUUGAGACUCUUGAACAACCUUGGAUGACGAUUGAACUCUUUGAAACUUUGUGGCUUGAUGCUACACAACAAGUGAGUUCCAGCUGCACGUUUACGAUGUUCAAGCAGUCGAGACUCAAGAUCACAACAGGAGACUCGACUAGUCAUCAACUGAGUCCAGUACAGACAAGAGAAGACAAUACAGAGAUCAGUACCGAUGCCGAGAAUUUCCAGCAUCAAUUUCUUCAGAUAUUGGGCAAUGAUAUUGUCAUUUUUCCACAGAAAGUUGGACAUUCUGACACGAAAAAGACAUUUGUCGUAUGUGCCUAUGCAAGUGUUGUGAAUCAAUCUACAGUGAAGACGGUACUACUGGUGAGAAUGGAACAAUUGUAUGAUUCCGAGCAGAUUGGAAUCACCGUGAAGAGUACGGACCCUGUGCAUCGGACGUGGAUGACGGCAUUUUUAGGGAUUUUGCAACAACGGAUUCAACCAGGCAGUGCACCUCGAAGACCACAGCCGAGAAGUGCAGACACGAGCAGAUUGUUUCUAGAAGAAGUCGAACAUGAAGGAAAUACGGACUCGGACUCGUCGUUUUCAGUGACACCACCGGUACGGACACCACCAUCCUCCUCCUCGGCUUGUGUGCAGACGCCUACAUCGGCGACAGUGGAAAAACUGAUGACGGUACCACCACGUCCUGUGGAACGUGGACGAUCGCAUACGAUUCGAUAUCGGACGGAUCGGGACAUUUCAUUUGAAGGGUAUGUGAGCAAGAAAAGUGACGUGCUUGUAAGCUGGAAGGCAAUGUAUUGCGUGCUAGAGGAAGACACGCUUGCAUUUUACGAGACGCGAGAGGAAUUUAUUUCGAAUACGAAACUUAUUGGUCGGAUUCAGCUGCAGGCCAUCGAGGACGACGAGAUGGGGAAACCCAACGGGUUUCGUGUGAUUGCGGAAGGCAACCACAUUAACCAUUUGAGCUCGCGAACUGCGUUUGAAAAAGAGCAGUGGAAGCGAGCGAUUAGUAUUGCUAUUUCCAAAGCACCGGAGGUAGCGCGUCCGUAUGUGGCGUUUGCGUCGCAGCCAUUAGAGCCGCAUAAAUUCUAUCGACUCUUAGGUGCACUACUGUGCCAAGAAAUUGGUGAUUUUCCGCUUCUCUUUCGGAGCAUGCACCCAGACGUAGUCGUGACGUCGAAUUUUCCUCCGAUUGUGCCGUUUUGGGGGCAAUACCGUCGGUAUGAUGGUGUUCUGCUGUUCAUUUCCACGCUCUUAGAUACGGUUACGGUGGAUAAUUUUUCGCUUCUGGAGGUAAUUGAGCUGGUGCGCGGUGACGCAGAUUGUAUCGACGACACUGGCGCUGAAGCUCUCUCGCCUUCCCCGAUCGCGGCUGACUCAUACGUGUUGUCCCCCCAUACGACGGAGGCAUUGGUAUCAACUCCUAUCAGUGCGUCAACACCAUCAUCGCAAUGGACAAGGCGCCUCGUGGUCACAGGGAAGGAGACGUACAACCUGCUUAACACAGACAACCGGCGGGUAACACAGCUUUUUGUACAUGAGCUGUGGUUAGAUCACAAAGACCGCUUGGUGCGGUGGCAUCUGAAUGGCGACGCUGUCGCACUCUCAGUUGCAUUUGAUGAUGCCCCGCGAGGAGAAAACAUUCGGCUUGUGUUGCCUGGCGAAGCGUCUGCAAUCUCUCACUCGAUUCCGCCAGGAACGUUUUACGUACAGAUCUUGCAGGCUCAGCAGCUGCAUAUUGGUGAAGGUGGAAACGACAACGCAUUGAAAGGGAAUGCUCAGAAGUUUUCAGCCACCCCUACUUCAAAAAAGAGCUACCCAGUGUAUGCACGAUGUAUCCUGGAGGAAGGAAAUCAUAUGGAACAAACGUUGCGUGGCCUGGAUGUCAAGAAAGGGGAACGUGUACUUGACGAACUUGCUACUUUGUCGCAGAAUGGAUCGACGAAGGAGACCCGCCGCCCUUCCAAGGGAACUCGUUUUUUUCGUGGAUUAAAACGUGCUGCUGGAAUAUCUGGAGAACGAGCUGUUGCAACAUUUGGCGAUCCAAGUGGAUGCGUUACGAAUAUUUGCAAGUGCAUACCAGAUGUGACUCCGGAUGGCCACCAUAAAAUUGGGACACUAAAUCCUAACUGGUCCAGUAAUCUUCGACUGGAGUUUCCGGGCUGUGCCCAAGGCUUUACGUAUUUCUUGAAGGUGGAGGUAUUCCAAAGCCGCUUUAUGCUCCCGGAUGAACUGCUUGGUGUUUGCAAGAUCAACGUCACACCACAUUUAUCGCUUGUUACGGGGUCUGCAGACGCCAAGGCGAACGGCGCACUGACUCGCUGGCAUAAUUUGUGUGACCAGUAUAAUGAUUGCAAGGAAUCGUGGGCACCACCGACAGUUUUUCGCGGACGGAUCCAGCUUGGCGUCAUUUUUGCUCCUUCCGUUGCUUCUGCAGAGGAUUUGCCUCGAUCUCAGGGACUGCGACGCAUGGUAAGUGAUGGAAUGCUGACGGAAUCCAGACGAGGUUCCGCUGACGCAAUUUUGCUGCAGAGCCUUUCGAGUUAUGACCUCCGCGAGUCUGUUAGGUUUGAAAAACGAGUCUUUGCUGAAACGUUUGAUAUUCCAAGGGGAGAGGGAGAACGAUAUAAACUGCGACAGCGACCAGCGAUAGAGACUUAUGUGCUUACGCGCAAAAACCACACUUUUUCAGGAAAAACGACGACUUUUGAUGUCCCGAAAAAGUACCAGUUGAUCAAGGUGGUGGGAGCUGGUACAUAUGGCGAAGUUGUUGCUGCGAGUGACGUUGAGUCAGGAACAACCGUUGCUAUAAAAAAAGUCACUAACGCGUUCCAAGACUUGCCUGAUACAAAGCGAAUUCUUCGCGAGCUGUGUUUGCUUCGACAGCUGAGUCAUCCGAACCUAAUCCAGCUUUAUGACGUUCCUCGGCCGGAUCGUUUGUCGUAUUUGGAAGACAUAUAUCUUGUAACAGAUCUCAUGGAAACAGAUCUACAUCGUGUAAUUCAUUCUACGCAAACACUGACGGACGAGCACGUGGCGCACUUCAUGCGUCAAAUUUUACGUGGGUUGGCGUACUUGCACUCUGCGAAUGUACUCCAUCGAGAUUUGAAACCGUCGAACAUUUUGGUCACGAGUACAUGCGAAGCUAAGAUUUGUGACCUCGGUCUAGCACGCUACGUGGAUUAUUCCAAGUCAAAAUGUAUCCAGGAGCCGUCUUCUGAUGACGGCUUUGUGGAGUUGACUGAAUAUGUAGUUACGCGGUGGUACCGCGCCCCCGAAAUUUUACUCGAUGGAUGUCGGUAUGACAAACCCUCCGAUUUGUGGUCUGCAGGCUGCAUUUUGGGUGAGCUUCUCGGCCGUAAACCGCUCUUCCCAGGGUCUAGUACUAUGAACCAGCUAAACAGAAUCUUUAACGUGCUCGGUACACCUGACACCUUCUACAUUGCCAAAAUCUACAAGGAAGCAGCACAAAAGCACUUGAUCUUUUGGACAAGCUACUCGUUUAUGACCCGAAGCAGCGCAUCACUGCUGUUGAGGCUCUUAAAACACCCGUAUUUGCGAGAGGCGUUUCAGUCAGGAACGGGUGACAACAUUGGAGAUGACGAGAUGUUUUAUUACAAUGAAGCAGAGCAGAAAGAGGACCAGUUUGUGGGAAAAAUUGACGACUCAAAUGAAUACGUAGCCGAGACGAAGCCAGAUAUGCAAAAUGCGGUAUUCGAACAGGUUUGCCACUUCCACCCUGAGGCGCGCGAGUACGAGGAGUGUUUGAAGAAGCAGGACGAAACGUUUUGUGUAGAUCCGGAAACCGGCAAACUGGUACCUAUCAGCAAUUGA